AUGCGACUAUUUACGAGUUUAUUGUUUGGAUCGAUAAUUGGAGUAUCAUUUUCAUUGGACUGUUUCCAUUGCAAGGAUUGUGAUCGAGAGACAGCGCUCGUCAAAGAAUGUCACUCAUCCACUUCACAAUGCUACAGUAUUUUAGGACCAAUAACGCGUCGGGGUUGUGCCCACAAAUGCCCAUACAAUUCGGCAAUUUCCGAAGAGGAAUGCCAUUUGUGCAGUGAUGAUUUGUGCAAUCAUCAUCAACAAGGUCACUUUUUGCAGAAAUCCAUCAAUCAUCGGGGAAAUCGACAUCGUAGAGAUGAAGCUGGAAGAAAAGUCGUUGCUUCCACUCACUAUCAUCAAGAUGGGACAAAAAUCGAACGCUACGAGGAUCCAAAUCUCUCAAUUCCUUCACUUCCUCAACCACAACUCCCAGAGCUCCCAUCCGCUGAUGAAACUGAGAAUAUUAUUCAAAUGAACGCAGACGAUCCGCUUUUUGGAAAAGUAGACGCUAAUGGAGUCGCCUAUUUGCCUGUUGAUCCGAAAACGAAGGAAGUGCUUCCUGAAUAUCGACAUUUAUUGGAACAAUAUGAGAAGAAAGAGAAUGAUGGACUGCCAAACACUUUGAAUGUCGAAGAGACGGAGAUUCAAGCGGAUAAUGGAGAUAAAAUCUUCGAGGUGAAAACCGAUAAUGUUGUCUAUCCACCGGGGACCGAUAAAGAGGAUGUCGUUGACGAGGGGCAAAUUCUUGGAGCUGGAAUCGGAAUGGCCCUUUCAAAGGAUGAUGACGAAAAUGAAAGCUUUCAACCACCGGCUUUGCCAGUCAUUCCAGAAGGACAAAUGGCUGAAGAAGAUGCGAUGAAAUUAGCAGAUCAGUAUGAGAAAGCGGCAGAAGCUGCAGAGAAUGAAGGCAAUGGAAAUGAGGAGAAAACAAAGGAUAUCAACGAGGAACAAAAACCCGAUAUUGGGCAUGGAGCUGUUCCCACCGAAUCCCCAAAACCAGACUCAGCUCCGACAAAAAGUAUUCUCUCAAUCGUUUUCCUCUCGAUCAUUUUCCCUCUUUUUUUG